UACAGUGCAAGGCAGGCAGCACAAGCGCUUCACAGUAGAUGAGCAAUAGAGAGCUAAGUUAGAGGGAUAUGUCUCCACUGUGAGCAGCAGAAAGGAAAUACUCAAAGGAAACAGGAGCUCAGCUGCUGCUGUGUUGAGAGAAGCUCAGAGGAGAGCCCAGAUCCUGUCGUGGGUAAAUCCCCCGCCGUCGACACUCGUAGCUGUAGAGUGGCACAGCGUUCACAUCCUCUCGCUCCUCAUGUUCCUGGGAGCUGAGUGGAGGGAAGGGCGAGGAGACGCAGCCUGCCAGCCGGAGCCACAAGCACCGUGAUUGGGAUGGGGCUGCACAGGAGGCUGCUUUUUGCCGUGCUCACGGUCUCGUGCGUCCUUAUCGUCUACAUUCUGGCUUUGACCCUGGAGAGGCCUCUGGUGCCUCUCUACGACUUCAUACAGAGGGCGAGCGGUACCAAACGGCCUACAGUGAAGCCUGCUCGGCCAGCCAAACCUACGGACCCUCCCUUCAUAGGAGACUCGUACAUGAGCGAAGACGUCCCUCCACAGACGGGCUGUCCCGACAGCAUCCGAAGUCGGGUGGGGAAAACUGAAUUUGGAGAGCGAUUUCUGGAAAGUAUUCCGGUUUUGCAGUGGGCCAAACACGUGACACCCGAACAGCACCGGCGUCUGAGCCGUUAUCCUGGAGCACAUGGCUGGGGAGGGAUCGAUUACGACAGUGAGAUUUUGAUUUUAUCUAAAAUGUUUUCCUUUCAUUUCAUUGAUUUUAAUAAUGAAAAUAUAAGAAAAAUAAUGCUGAUUCUAUUUACUAUGUGUCUCUGGAUUGUUGUGGUCUUCAGGACCAACGGGGCAAUCAUCAAGGGCUUUGAGGAGGACGUGGGGUCUCGGACCACCCACUACACGUUCUCCACAAACACGCUGAUGAAUUCCAUGUUGAGCUACGCAGGUAUCGGGUACAGACGACCCCCCGUGUCUAAGGAAACGCGGUACAUUUUCCUGCCGGAUCACGACCGAGAUUACCUGCUGAUGAAAGCGGCGGCGACGCACACCCUGGUGGACAGGGGGCGUGAGAAGGGCAAAAAUCCAGUGAAGUACUUUGGUGAGGACGUGUCAGCAGAGAAGUUGAAGAUGUACCAUCCUGAUUUCAUCCGUUACCUCAGAAACAGAUUCCUCAGAUCCAGCACUCUGAAAACCAGAUUCAAAGACAUCUACCGUCCAUCAACCGGUGCCACAAUGCUGCUGGCGGCGCUGCACACCUGUGAUCAGGUAAGUGCGUACGGCUUCAUGACCCCAGACUACAAGAAAUACUCUGACCACUAUUACGACAAAAACUAUCACCCUGUGGGCUUCUUCGCCAACCACGACCUGCGUAUGGAGAUGAAUCUGUGGCAGCAGCUGCACAAGGCCGGCCUCAUGCGGCUCUACAUGCGCAACUAAACGAGGAUGAUGAGAAAUUUCAUCACUCCGUCUGCACGCGGAUCACCAGCGGAGGCGGGAUGUGCAGAAACGUGGGACUGUGCCCGUCUCCAAAUGACACAAGUUUCUGAAAUAAACACAAAACCAGCAGAUGAUUUAUUUUCAUGAAGGAAAUGAUGAUAAAUUUGAUUUCUAAAAGACAGCUGCUGUUAUUGUUCAGCAGAGAUCACAGUUAUGGGACUAGUAUUUGUUUUGCCUCUUUUUAAAGGAACCUUUCUGUCCUGGGAAGCAUUAUUUUGGUGACUGGUAGGAAAAUGGAUCCUAUUAUGUUAAUUUAAAAGAUUAAAGGGCCCGCUGGUCUGGGCCACGCAAUCCUGUGACGGUAAAUCAAACGGUGUAAGCUGUGAGUCACAAUCUCUAAGAUACUGUCAGACUGUUAAGAUGCUUUCAACAACCUCAAAGGGGAGCUCUUCUUCUCCUCCUCCUCCUCAUCUUCUGUCAUACACGGGCUCUUCCAGUGUUUCACUUACCUGCUGGUUAAACCAUCUGUUUAUGAGGGGCAACCAAUAAGAAGAAAGUAAGCUAACGUGGUUCAUUUCAAACAGAGAAUAAACUGAGAUUUACUUUGAACUGUGCUCCUCUGGUAGAGUUCAAAAUCAUGACUGUAAAUCUGGGAAUCGGCAGAAUUGAUCAGCUUUAGUUGGAGUUGAAACACUCCAGAUAUGCUAAUUCUUUUAAGUGUUAUUUCCUCUCUUUGAAUAGAUGGGCACAGAUUCUUGUCUAGUUAAAGAGGGAACUGAUUUGCUAUUGUAAAAGUUUAUAAUUGUUUUAAAAUGAUUUCAUUAUCUCUGCAGACAAUCUGUGGUGAUUUAUGGUAAUAUUUGGCUUUCCUGUGAACCUUUCUGCUGCUGCUACAAGCUGAACUGGAAAUUGUCCCGUCUGUCUUGUUAUGUAUUUAUUUUUAAACCAGCAAACCACCAAAAAAAUGUUUACUCUGAGAACUUUAGAUCGUAUCAUACAAUCGGUCUCUGGCAAAGCUCAAGUUAUUAUUGUUUGACGCAGCAAGAGCGCUCUCGAGUUGGCAACGCGCUUAAAAUAUCCCGUCCCUGCCCUAAGCGAGCGGCCUGAGCACUGCUGGCAGUGACCACGGCCCAUUUUUAUAUGUUUUCUUUUUUUCUGUGUGAGUUUACUGUGGAAUGAAAAGGGAAAUAAUUCACUGACUGUGACUUUAAAGCUCACAAAAAAAUUAAGUAUUUAGUUUAAGGGACGUAAUUUAUUCUCUUGUUUUAAACAUAUUUUAAUUUCUUUUUUUUAACACUUAACUACAUUUUGUGGCCUCUACUGGACUUUCAGUGCCUUCAAUGUGAAACAGCAGUUUAGUUAAUUACUGUAAGAACUGAACUUUAUUGCCAGACUCCUUCAGCUCUGACUCAUCAGCUUCUGUCUCUGAACUGACCGUGGGGGCUCUGCCCUCGACUACAUGGAUGUACUGUCUUCAAGCUUAAAGGGGAUUUUAUUGUAUUUUAUUAACAAUACUACAAGUUUGAAGUGGAAGGAAGGUAACCAAACCAAAAACCGUCACAUCAGGGAACGUGUGUAUUUAAAAAUUAGCCUUCUGUGUUAUUAAAUCAGUGCAGAAAAAGCAAUGCAAUAUUUCCAGCAUUUCUGCAAACUGUCGAGGGGAAGGGGACUUCUGGUUUAUAUACGGUGCAAUGAUUGAUUGUGAUUUUUAAAAAAAUUAAAUCCAUAUCUCAGUGA